AUGCCCGCUUUCACCACCGUCUUCGCCAUCGGCGUCUUGGCCUACAAGGCCAUGGCUCAAACUGCGAGCUUCAACCCACCCAUCACCUUCGCCAAUGUCACGGUUGGACAAAUGCAGACCAUCGGCUGGACUCUCGGCGACGGGACACCAGUCUCGCUGUUCCUGGGCAACACCAGCUGGAACACUGGAAUCUUCGAGAACAAGCCUGCCAAUGAUGCGACUUUUGACUGGACCGUGGCCAUCCCCGCCGACUUCGUCGCAGGCAACUAUGCCCUGGCUCUGGUUCAAAGCGGAUCGAUGGACUUCUCCCCCUUGUUCAGCGUCAUCAUUCCUCCUGGUUACGUGCCACCAAUGUCGACAUCUUCGAGCAUGCCACCAAUAACGGCGACACCGAUGCCCAACGCCACCAUGACGGACGACCCAAUCCUGAUCUCGGCUUCCGCGACGAUGACGGCCGGCCCCGCCCCGAUUGUGACCGUCACUGUCUGGGACCCAGCAUGCGGCUGCCAUAAGACCUCAGAGAUGCCGGCUGCGGCCGUUGCUACCGGCUCAGGGGUCCCCGGCACUCAAUACACCUGGUGGGACCAUGAGUGCGGAUGCACGAAGACGGCCAUGGCUCCUGCUCCCAUCACUGACAUGGGCAGCAACAAUUACACGGCUCCCACUGGUGGAAACGUGCCAGUGGCGCCCUCUGCUGCUCCUUCGGCCCCUGCGCCUGCUGCCUCUUCGCAGUCGGUGUACAUGGGUGCUGCAAGCAAACUCGCUGGGUCGUCGGUGGCUGUCUUGGGACUCUUCGCUGCUGGAUUUCUGUCAUAA